AUGGCUACAAACAUCAAGAUUCACAUGGUGUGGGCGGGUCGUGGAGAUGCCUUCAUCCUGGAAUACGUCGUCAACGAAGAGCGUCGGCUUGUCAUCGUAGACGGCGGGCCGAAAACGCAAUACUUUUCCGAAGAUGACUCCUUCGUGCAAGCGGCUCCGUACUACCACCACCUUUUGUCUGCCGUUCGAGAGGUCUGGGGCGUGCAAGAGGGCUUGAUUCUCAUGAGCAUGGUCAAUUCACAUACCGAUGAUGAUCACCGAUAUGGCCUCCUGAGAAUGGUCUGUGAAAUGCCGGACAACAUCAUCGAUUGGGAUCAUUUCAAGUUCUACGUUCCUUUCCUCAGAAACAAAAUCGCGCAAGAUGGAAGUAGCACUCAAAUUGUGAAUUUUGAAGACCUCGUGGAGACACUCAACAAGAGACAACUAUAUCCCCAGCUCAGUAACGGAUACCUGCCCGAUGGUCUCCAUCUCGAUUAUCCAUACGCAGGGUUGGAUAUGAAUGAUCUUACAGAUAACAACUCCUACAACCACGUUCUUCAAUUUUCACGAAUCGAUCCAGGUGCUGCCGUUGACCUUGAUGCAAAUGCAGACCUAUCUACCUACGACGGUCCCCCAGCUGGCUUCACCGUAACGAAUCAGAGCAGUAUCCUGAUGCGAACUGGAGAGGUGUACGAGAAACCAGUCUAUUUCACCGGCGACAGCAGUGUCAGGCGAAUUGGUCAAUUUGUCCGCGACGACGGUAUGACUGCACCUGAUUUGGCAAUCUACAAAAUUCAGCAUCAUGGGGCGCUCACGGACUCUAUGCAAAAUCCGGUCGAUCUCAAGACAAAUCUGGGCAUGACCAAGGAGAGUGCUGUGUAUAUGCUUCUGCAGAAAUCUGUCAAUGAUGUCUGGCCCAACUAUUGGACAAGCCAAAGCAGAGACUUACACGAACAAACCAACUCAUUUGAAGACGUCGCCGAGUACUGCAAACACGUAACAACCCAUUUCUUACGGGAGGUCCAGUUCCAGGGGACAGCGACCAUGGACAGUCUGUUGGCUCUCUUGACCGGACGACGAGACCAGUGGCUCAACUUGGCGAAGACCCGGCUGGACCGUCCUGUCCUUGACCUAAGUGACCUUGCACCCUGGCCAGCCGACCACCCAGACCCAAUCAUAAUCUACGAUUACACCAUCAUGAUGACCACCCCGGCUCCGAGAUUUCCAUUCUUCUGGAAUACAUAUGCAAAUCCCACCUAUGAGAGCUGGACUUUUGAUCAAAUGCAGAACUGGUUCUCUUUCGCGAUGAGAGACCUACCGUGUGAAGACUUCUUUGCCUGCUGGGGAAUUUACCAAGUCGCCGCGUUCUACAAGAGUUUCGAGUCCCACACCUACAUGGUGAGCGGGUCAUCUAUUCCAUAUCAUCAUCCUCAUGUCUCUACGCUCUUAGGGCUUGCAGUUGCUUGUCAACAGGGUGUUCAUACUACACCAAAGGAGCUAUACAUGACCGAUCCUUCGAAUAUGAAUAAUCCCAGGCUUGGAGCAGGAGCUCGACUCGUGGGCCAAUCACGUCAGCAGCUGUUCUCAGGCAAUAAACUGAACGUAUAUCACCUCGACCAAAGGGCGUAUGUUACCUUGGACGGCAACCCAGUCCCACAAGCUGACCCGGCCAACCCCACACGGCCCGUUGGCCAAAGAGCACGAGAUAGUUUCACGAGGCAGAUCUCAUUCACUGACGAAGGCGAAAAGCGUAACAAACAAAUCCUUAGCGCAUUUACGGACAAGCGUUUACUCCUGACACGCAGCGAUUUGAGCCUGCAGGUUUGGGCCGUUCACUGCGAGAUGGCCGGAACCAAAUAUUUCCUGGACGGCCUCCACCCUCCCACAGUGAUCUCAGAACACGAUCUCGGAAAGCUCCCGUGCUUUCUCGUAACAGAAGGUGUGGACGUCAUUGAAAAUGGCUCGCUAUGGUGUCGAACACUUACGCUCACUAAUGCGCGAGACCCAAUCUCUGAAAGCCGAACCUUCUAUUGUCAAGAUGGAGACUCGGACAUGUUCACGAGCAGAUGGCUCUUCGAGUUCAACUUCGGUACACCCAAUCAUGGUACUUUUGUCUAUGGCCCAAACAACGACGCGCCGUUCACUUCCGUUCGUGUUGCGCGAAAGAAUGGCCCCUCCAAAUACUCAACAGCCAUGACAUGUUGCAGCUUUGAGAUUUCUGCCAUUGAAUGGAAUACGUUUGAGAAUGGUCUUACCGAAGAGGAGAGAGAGAAGGUUCAUGCUGGAAUGAGGGCCAUCAAUAAACCACCUGUUUAUGGGCCAACGGGGACAUUGAUCAUGGACGAGUCCGAAGUCGAGGAGGAGAACUCGAUGCUGAUAGAGACGCAUACCCUACCAAAAGGAAGUUUUGAAAAAUGGUUGAAGGACAAUGAUGAAUCAGACGAUGAAUUUGAUCAAUGGAAAGAUCAGGCACAUGGAAAUGACGACAACAUGUUCGCGGAGAUGAGCAUCAGGAACCUGCAGCUUCCAGACCUUGAAAUGAAUGCAGUUGCGAUUCCAGUCGACGAGAGUAAUGGCGUUGUUGAAUCGUCGGAAUCUGUCAUAGAAAACCCUUCCAUUCCACUUCCCGAGAUGUUAACCGAUCAAGAAACCAUCACUAACUGGGCAAAUUCAAGCACAACCGAGAAGAAUGCGGAAGACGGGGCGGCUACAUCACAAUUUGCGCACAUGCAUAUGAUUGCGACAUCCCCCGAUGAAACAACUCUGCCCAAGAUGCAACUAGAGACGGCCUCCGCCAUCACGACAAAGGUCUCUGCCACGGAACAGCCAUCAGCCAUUGUGCCAGCCAUUCAAACCGAGAGUUCCUUGCGAGACUACCUCAGACGUAUCGGGUUCGACUUCAACCUCAUCACUUCGCGCACCGACGCGCUCGAGGCAAUCACUGGAAAACAACGACAUAUCGGUUCGAAGAUGAAUCUCAGUUACGAGAAGCUAUUAGCGGGAGACAAAGUUCAUCUGGAUGCUUCAAAGGUUGAGUAUGACUCGCAAGCAGCUCUCAACGAAUUCAGCAAUGCGACCUUGGUAGCUCUCGCAGAGGCAGGUGAUCUCUUCGUCUUUGGGGACGACAAGUUGAAGAUAGAAUCGUCAAAGAUCUUCAUCUCUCGACAGACUGACACAACAUUCAACAUGGAAUUAUCUAUCACGACAGACGAGCAAGUGACAGUAAAGAGUAGCAGGUCUGUCGAGCUCGCGGCAAGGUUCGCCAAUCUCCGCGAUUUUCUUCUCGGAAUCAAUGUUACUCCCGAGAAGCUUGCGAAGAUCACGAUCGCAGACCUGCUGCCACUCUUAUUACAGAACAACACCACGAGAGCGAUGGAUAUACUCUCCUCGCGCAUCCCCGGCGAGUUCGUACAAGCCGGCUUGGCGAAGCUGCAGCCAGACCUCGACCUGUCCCCGGUAGAGCACGGCAAUACCAUGACACAAGGAGCACCGGCGAUCAAAUCGGCCCUGAUACACCUUCAGCUAGACGGCGUGAACAAGUUUCUUAGAAACAUCAAGCUAGACACUAUCGGCGUUCAGAUCACACGUCUGGCGCUUGGCUUUCAAAACAUUGGUGCCAAAACCCACGAACGAAUCAACCUCGAAGGCGCAGCCACGAUCAGCGCCGAAGGCAAUGGCGUCGUAGAAUUAAGACUGAAUUGCAGUCUUGGAGAGCAGUCCACAGAUAUUGAUUUCACGGCGGCGAACGUGUCGUCUAUCAGCAAGCUAGCAGGGUUGUUGUCUCUGCCAUAUGAUGACAUGAAGACCCUCGGUGUUCCCCUCACCAACUCCACACUGUCGACUGGAGGUUCCGGUCAGCAGACGCCGAUGCCGAAAGAUCUUGCAUCCUUGAAUGGGUCGGAGAUUGGCUUUUCGGUAAGGCAGACUGUGAAAGCAACAGACGACUACCGACUAUCAUCUGUGUUCAUUGCGAUCAAGCUGGACGAUUGGAAAGACUAUCUACCGAAAGAAUUCCAACUAAAAGCUAUCGAACAUCCGAAGAUCAGAGUGACCAUCCUCAAUCCGUUGACAAAGGCCGUGCGGCGCGUCAGAACCGAGGUCAGCUUCAUCAUUCCUAUCACAUCAAGCAACACCAUCGAUGAUCCCGAUGCCAAGCUGGGCAUCUCCAAUCCAGGGGCACCACAACCACCCAGGAAAAGGUCCUUGCAAGUCGGUUUCCUGGCAGAUCCAGUCGGCUACAUCAGAAACGACUACGCCUACUCCAUCGCUUUGACCUGCCGAGGCGGCAUAUCCAUCGACGACAUAGCCACAACAUCAGGCAUCGAGAUCUCACCCGACAUUAAGACUAACGUCCCCAUCCUCAGCGAUCUCCUAACCAAAGUCGCCGUCAAGGACUUCGAGAUUGCCGCCGAGCCAAAGGGUCUCGACGGCAGACUCUCCGUGACAACUUGGUCCAUCACCCUUCUCGUCCAUGAUCUCGCUCUCAUACCGAACCAAUUCACAAUCAAGAAAGCCAUGGUAAACAUUGAGAAAUUGGCCGAGAGCUCGCUUCUCAGUUCGGGAGAGGGAGAGAUUUAUAUUGAUGGUCUAAAACGAAGUCUCAAUGUUGCGUUCAAAACUCCGCAACCUGAUAGUCCCGGUUUUGUCAAGGUGCAGGCUCCUCCGGCUGGUAUUAGCGCGCAAGAUGCGCUGGUACAGAUGGGUUUACCGUCUAUGGAGGAUCUGCCUGUCAUUGGUACUAUUCUGUCGACCAAGCUGCGUGUCUUCCAGGUGUCAUUCGGAUACGCUGCUGGAUCAGAGAGGGAUUUAUCCGUAUUCGGAUUCGAGACGACAUUCUUUUACACGCGAGCUCUGGAAUUCGGUCCGCUCAAGCUGGAGAACUUGGAGGUCGGUCUCAUGUGGAAGAGUAAGCUUGAUCCGGAAGUCAGGAAAGACCCUGUUUCAGGAGAGAAGAAGGACGUCUUCAGUUUCGGUGCCAAUGCCUGUUUUCUUAACAAGACUCUGCGAGUGGAUGUUGGCUACGAUACGAGGAAGCGAGUUGUCUUUGCGACGUUGACUCCCGCAGUGAAGGAUCUGACUAUCGCUGGGAUCAUCAAGGAGAUUUUGCCUUCUGACCUGCAGACCGUGGAUCUUGUUCCGGCAGUCACGGACAUGACGUUCAAUAUUGCAGGAGUUGCAUUGGACGUUGGUAAGAAGGGAGAUCCCAUCAAGCUUGAUAGAUUCGACCUCGAUCUGGGAGGGAAGGAAGAGCUUGGUGUUGAGGGAAAUCAGACUGAGAAGGGGAAGUUUGUGCUCAAGUCUCUUAUGGUAUCGUAUCGACGUGGGAAACCAAAGGAGCAGAAGGUUACACCGAAGGCCAUUGAUCCAAGCGCGAGCCCAAUGCAAGGUGGUGGCAACACAAGCACAACCGGCGAACAAGGCUCUACUGGGGCUGCAGUACCUUCAACCGAGCAACCCAAGCCUCUGGCGGCGGUGCCGAAGCGUCCUGGAGUCGAGAGGUCCCUCACAAAUCCUGCCGGUGACGAGAGCACAGCUGCAUGGAAGGACAGCGAUGAGUAUCCCGAGCAUGAUACUUUGAUCGUAUCCGGGACUGCCACCAUCAACAAAUUGCGAACCCGCGUUUCGUUUGGCUAUCAAUCUGGCGACAACAAGACAGCGAGAAUCGUCUCUCUUAGCGUUGUAGGCCUCGACAAGGGCGCGCUGGCACUCAGCAAUUUCCUCUUGCUGUUCGGCUUCGACCCUCCCAAUUACGACAGGCCAGAUCAAUCACCCAACUUCCUUGACCUCGAACUUGUUCGCCUGGCGGGAACUGUCGAGAUUGGCGAUGUUGCUCCCAGUGAACAGCCAGCGCCAGCACCCUCCACUUCCGGAACAGGAGUAUCCAGCGGAAAGACAGGCGUCACACCAACCAAGAAGCAAUCGAAGAGAUUUACAUUGGCUACAGCAGACCUCGCCGUCACCCUGUCCAAACCCUUCACAAUCCUGGAAUCCCCCGCCGUCAUCCUCCAAGAACUUGGCCUCGAAGUCUCCUACAAUGCCAAAGCCGCUCAAAAAGAUGACUUCGUCGGCCUAAUCGCAACCGUCUACGGUCGUUUAGACAUAGCAGGCCAACCUCUCCGCGUUUUAUUCCGAAAGCAUCCCAAGCACGACACCGUGUUCCUAGGGCAGUUGGUUCUGGGGAAUAAAUCACCGUCGAACCCGAAUGAUCCAACGAGCGUUGAUAGCAUUCAAUUCGCGCAAUUAACAUCCCAAUUCCUCAACGACGCCAAGUACAAGCCACCCGAAGACAUCUCCCUCCCCACAGACAUCCCAAUCGGCCGUAUAGACUUUAUAGUUGCACAGGGCAAGUUCGUACAGAUCUCAGGUCUAGGGUUGAGGUUGGCGGAAAUACCAAUCAAAGACACCGACCUCAAACUCAGCAUCGAUAAAGUAGGCGGCUACAUAAAGGCAACACGGGACACCACAAUUCAAGAAGCUGCAAAGUAUCAGUACGAUGUCCAUCUCUUCGGUCAAGUUUCCAUUUCUGGAUUCGAUGGAUUCCUCCAAGCGACAGCGACGUUGGAUAUUGGUCCCAAGAGCGAUACUGUACUUUUUGCGACAGUCGUUGCUAAACCUAGUGUGGGAGGAGAGCAGCAAGGAGGAGCUGAUAUCUCGAGCCUUGCGACCCGUCUUGGGAACAAUGAUGCCAACAAUAAAUGGGCCAGUACAUCUUCUGACGCCGCACCGCUAUCGUUCUCGGGCGCGUGUCUGCUAUACGUGAACUUCACCCAAUCACGCUUCAUCAUCGCCGGUCAGAUCGCCAGCGUCGGUUCCGCAGUGUUGAUGGGUCGACGCCAGCCCAAUGACAAUACAAAGAGAGGAUAUUUCUUCAGUUUGGUGGCGACGAGACCGGAGAGGAUUUGGCCGGCGCUUGAGGAGACGGUGUCAAAGUACUUCAAGAUUGAAAAAGUGGCGGUGCAAGUUUUGACGUUUGAAACGACGUUGGAGGCUUUGAGGGAGGACUUGGACGUUCAGACGAAGAGCGUUGGGGAUGGUGCGAAAGAGGGGUCUGGAGUCGAUUACUACAACACUCUCGAGGAGGAUAAGAAAGAUGCGGUAGGAGGGGAUGGAGGAGGGGCAGGCGGCGUUGUCACGACAGAUAAUGAUGACGACAAGGAAAAGAAGGCUUCUGAAGACGCGGUUCAGAAGAUGGAAGAUGCCGUUAAUAUCCCUGAUGUCAAAGGGAUCAAGGAUGGCAAGUUGCUACCUGGCGCGUGGUUUUUCGCCGAUAUAUCGCUUGAAUCGACGGAACAUGAGAUGUCCACCGCCCUCGCUUAUCCCGUAGAGAAGGAUAAGACGAAAGCUCCAGACGUACCGAACAUCAUUGUUUAUGCAAAGAUCGGCGGAGAUGGGCCGGGCUCUGUGUAUAGUAUCGAUGUGCGGAAGUUGGUCCUGCUGGGUGGAGCGAUCGAAAUUAAUGCGUCGGGGUCUUAUCAGACGGCGGGUAGGAAGUUGGAAAAUGGAAAGAUGAGCGAGCGGCAGGUUGAUGUGACGGGUGAACUUAUCUUGAAGCAACUCCGCCAGCCGGUUACUUUCAAGGUCGACUAUCACAGUGUCAAGGAUAAGACGUGGUUUGCGCUGGCUAAGAAUACGGCGGCGGUCGCCAGGAUUGAAUCGCCAUUCGAGGAGAUGUUCAAUGUCACGUUGAGAGAACUGGGCAUCAGUGGAGAGAUCACGCCUGCAGGGAGGAAAUAUGAGGUCUUUGGUAAUGUUACUCUCGGACCUGGAGAUGAAAUUCAGCACUCCUUGACCGGGCGAAUCAUCUUCCAAGAUGGCGUGCCGAUAGCCGUCUUCCUCGAGUACGAGAAUGUGUCGGAUGCGAAGCUCCCAGUAGCGGAGGUGUACGACAAGCUGCUGAAGCCUGGAAACAGCGACGCAGACGUCUCUUGGCCGACCGAUACGCAUCCAAACUUCAAGUUUGUAUCGGCGUGUAUCUACUACAUCCGUGGCACAAAGAAGCUGACUUACAGGGAGAAGUCGUCGUAUGAUCCGGGAUUCCAGCUUGGAGCCUCGGUCAUUCUCUUCGACAAGCCAUUCGGCGUCAGCCUGGACAUAGCGGCAUCACGCAAGGGCAUCAAGUUCCAGGCGAUCUAUGAGCAAUCGAUAGAUCUGGAAUUCGCGGAGAUUACUGGGUACAAGGAGAAGAAUGCAGAGCAGCCGUACAAGGGGCCUGCUAUGUUCGUUGAUGGACGGCAGCCAAAGACAGUGUUGAUCGGUGUAAAAGCCGCAAUAUCCUUCUUUAAAACCAAGCCCAUCGACAUGGAGAUGAACUACAACACCAGUGAAAAGUGCUUCGAGGGAUCCAUAAAGUUCCGCGAGAUGUUUGCUGGUAUCUCGGAGCCCACCAUCGAGUUCAUCUAUAAGAACGGUCGUUUCUCCUUUAAGAAGUGGGAUAUCAAUGACGCACUUGACGGGUUCCUGAAGUUGAAGGAUAUUCUUAAGGAGGGCGCUAAUGCUGACAAGUCGGCAUGUGGAGAGCUCACGAACAUCGUUUUUGAUGGAGCUGUCACCACGACAUUCAGAUUCAGUCUGAGCUUUCCCGACAAUAAUGAGUCGAAAGGGACGGGUACGGCGUUAAUAACAGCCCCAGAAGUCGUCGGAGGACCGGUAUCAACAGGAAUCCUACCCGCGCCUAAGAGUAUGACCAUCGAUCCCAAUCCGCCAACGACAACAUCAACCACCUCGCCAUCUACAGGCCCGACAACAACAGCUAACCCGGGUAACGACAACUCGGAAGACGGCAUAAUGGGCAAACACCAAAGCGUUGUCAGAGACGGCUUCAUCCACCUCCAAAUCGACUGGAAAUACGUCAUCUCAAUCCCCACCCGAGAAGUCCUGACCGUAGAAAUGAAGCCACUUCCACUCGAAAUCAAGCCUCGAAUCGACAAAGACGGCGUCAUCGCCACACUGGGUGAACUGAUGAAGCACAACCUCCCUAAGAUUGCCACAGCGCUGGUCUCGCAGAAGGAGAAUCUGGUUCAGUUGGUUGGAGCUAUGUUGCUGAAAGAAUGUGGCAAGUGGGCUAUCAAAUCCUUGUUAUGUCGUGGAGCGGAUAAUGAGGACCUUGUUAAGAGAGGCAAAGAGAUUGCGGAGGAAGAUGCGAAUCAAUCUGAGGGAGAGAGCAACGAAGCUGGCAAAGGUGCCGAUGGAGCUGGCGCUGCCGCAGCUGCAGGUGCAGCUGGAGGCAUUGCCGUUGCGUUGGAAGAACUCGGUGGCGCGUUAUUUUGUCUCGCACUAGGAAUCGCGAUCGGGAUUGCACUGUGGUUAAUAGGGAAGCUCGUUGGGGAUCGAACCAACGAUCCGAAGGUCAAAGAGGAUAUGGACAAGCUGAAGGACAAGCUGGAUAAGUUGCAUAAGGAGACAAUGCAGAAGCUGAGGGAUGCACUGGAUAAGAUCAAGACGGCGAUGGAGUUGACUGGCAAGCCUGAUGUCAAGUUCGCCUCUGAUGAGGUUGAUGAUGUGUCUGUUAUUUGCGACUGGACGAAGGUGAUGCCUCCGUUUAUCUAUGCUGCUAAGGCAUCGUCGACUCAUCCGGACAUUCGAUGGAAGCUUCUGUACAGCACAAACGCCGACUUCACGGGAGCCAAUGAAGUGCUCAAUAUCAACGACACAAAGCAUACGAUCGAGUACCCCGGAUUGGAAUACGACUCGAAACUGUAUGUCACGGUCAAGGCAUACAUGCCAGUCGUUGAUGAUUGGUUCAAGGCGCCAAGCCAUCGCACAGAUCUGAAGGACGAGCCCAAGGACCCGGAGGUCAAGAAAGCUUUCGAUGAACAACUGCCCGACAUGAUCAAGGAGCUGUUCGGAGACGCCAAAGUCGUAGAGGCAGCUGACUGGAGUACUCCCGGUGAGGCCGGUCAAGUGCCUUUCCUCAAGCCACCUCAAUCUGUUUCAUUCACUGCGGACGCAGCAGAGGAUACCGCGGAAGGACAGGUUACUGUCGCGGGGGUUAUCACGCAAAUCGCCAUCAACAUUGCCUCGCCGGAUAUGAAAACUACGUUCCUGUACAGUCAACAGCAUGCCUUUGCUCAAUCCGACCUCAACGUGUCAGUGCGGCUACUGGCUCCGCCAGGCUACAACUACCAGGGUGAAGUAGACAAAUCCGCCAAAGCCUACGUGCAGCACAUCUCCGACGACCAGAACAAGUUCCGCAACUCGGCCAUUGUUGAGUCUAAUGACAGCGUUGGCCUAUGGGCUAGGGUGACGAACUUGACUUCGGCAAUGAAUGCUGGCAAGAUUGGUGCGAAGUGGGAUGUGCUCAACGUAACGGCCCUGCCUAACCCGAUGGUGUUCUUCAUUAAAGCCGGCAAGUGGAUGAAGCCGACCUCUGUUGACUUGGGAAUCGCGACCGUACCACACAGGGAGACCACUUUACUGGCCCCGGAUGAGGUUGUCAACAACGACAAGGUCAAGAUAGCGGUUUGCGAUGCACUACCACCCAGUGGAUCGAUUGCAUUAUUCGUCAGCACAGAGCUUCUCGUUGACUAUAUACCUACCCUCAAGAUCAAGGAGAAGGAAAGUUACUACGACAUCAAUACGAAGAAGCUCAUCAUUCUAGUCACUCCGACUUUCGCAGGGAUUAAGAAAAGCGCAUAUGGAGGCGAUUUCACCUCAAAGACCGCACCGAACGGGCCCCUUCCAGCUACGAUCGAAGAACUACCAAGCGGAGACGUGGUCUUGGCAAUCGAGAAUGUGAAACUACCCCUCUAUACUACCGUCAAGGCAACGAUUCAGGAUGUCACGACAAACAUCAUAAAGAGCAGUGAUCCCUGGAAACUCGUGAUCCCUCGCUCCACGCUACCAAAGCCAAGUAUCACCGCCGCCAUUGAAAAGGACCGCCUCGUAAUCUCGUGGCUCGACAUGCAAGGUGUCUCGACAGUCCGCCUUAAGAUAAAUCCAGCCUCCAUCCAGCGCGACGUGGCACAUUCCGAACAACGCUCCAGCUUCACCGCCGCCGAUCUCAAACUUGCCAGUCUCCAACCCGGCACCAAACUCACCAUCAUCGCCACUUCCCUUACGGAUCUCCUCCACGGCCUCCCGACCCAAAUCGACUUUACGAUUCCCGACGCCUCUGCCGAAGAAACAGGCUGGACACCCCCGGUGGUCAUAAGUCCAGACUCUACCAUGCCCACCGGCGCCGGUCUCUGCGUCCUACAAAACCCAGCGACUCCAUCCGCAAUCACCCUCUGGACAACCGUAUCUAGCCAGAUAAAAUCCUACAGUACCGUUCCUGUCACUGUCGAGCCGCCGCCAACCCUCGAAGCACCACUCACCGCAAUCUCAACAGGCUCAAGCAUCGCGGCCGUGUCCCUGACCCCAACACACCAAGAAAUAUACUGGAUCGACCCCGACGGCGCCAUCCAGGCAAGACGCUGGACCUCGCCCCAGCAAGCCAGUCCAAGUACGACUCAGACCUGGCAAUCUAUCGAGUCCUUCCCCUUCACAGUCGCGAAGACAGCAAGCGUCCUCUCCGGCGGCUCCAUCGCCGCCCUCGCGCGCUCAGACGGCAAGAGGAUCGAUCUAUGGUGGCUUGGGUCCUACGGCCGUUUAUUAAAGUCCUCCUUCGACGCCGAGAACGAGGAGUGGAGUACGCCUAAUUACCUGGUCUACGGCGAUAUGGGCCCAGGCGGUGUCACUGACAACUCCUCCGCCACUACCACUAACACCACCAAGCUGCGCGCACCGAGUCGUCUUGCCGCCGCAUCUGUGGACAACGACAUGGCCGAUGUAGCCUGGAUAACGGAUGCGGGGCGUGUUCAUGGAGAGUGUGCGCUCGACGACGAUGCGGUUGGAUUCUUGUAUGGGUUUUGGGAUGAGGGUGUUGAUGCUGUUAAUGCGUCCCCUCUUUCCUCCCUGGCUGCGUUGGCGGAUGACGGGAAGAGUUCUAGACUAUGGUGGAUCACCGAGAAGGGAGCUGUGCAUAUGGCUGUGCGGAUGGGAGGGAGAAGUGCAAAGGCGAGGUGGCAUGUUAGCAUCGUCGCCGGCGUUGGAAAUGCGCAUCCUAGAUCCAGUGUUGCGGCUGUGAUGGUGGGCGGGAAGGUGUUGAGGGUUUGGUGGUUUGGGGGUGAAGGGCAGCUUGUUACUGCUAGGACGGAGGAGGUGGAGGAGACGAGGCCGUCGUGGAGUGUUAAGGUGCAGUUGCCGGAGGGGACGGCGAGGAAAGUUGGGGAGGGGAGUGAGGAGAGGAUGGUGUUGGCGGCGAGGGCGGUGGAGGAGAGGGAGGUUUGGGUUUGGUGGAUUGGGAGGGAGGGGAGGAUUUGGGGUUAUAGGUGGACUGCGGUUUAA